GCACCUGUGAAUGCUUGUUGUAAUGAACCGAGUGCGGCUACAACGCUGUCGGUCCACGGUGACGGUAGAGCGUCAACGUACUGCCGGACUCAGUGAGACAUUUCACUUCGCGAAGCUCUAACGGGCGGCAUUAAGGAUGUUUUCGGAGAUAGUUCCUUGUUUUUUUACUUACACCAAAAACACAAUCGGACAGUUUGUUAAUCCUCUCUUUUAGUUUUUAAAUCGCGAACUAUUGGGUUCUGCACGGGUAGAUGCCAACGGGCUCUGCCUUUUGGGUUUCCUCCCCGGAGCCGUUAUCAGCUCUCUCUCAACUAGGCACGAAGGAGGAAAAUCAUCCCUCUGGUCUGAGGUGAAUAGAUGCAGAUAUUCUCAACGUACUUUCACCAUUCGAAGAGGAUCAGGAGGGGUGAAAGAACGAAAACAUAUCGGAUUUGGACAAAAUUAAUCAUUGUCACCUAUUACCGAAAAAGGGGAUUACUCAAGCACUUCCAACUGUUUGGAUGCGGAUUUUCGGCGCGCUAAUGUCCCAUGUUAACGGCAGCACCCGGGCACAUUUAUGAAUACGAUUUUUUACGCACUGUCUUUUUCAAUUGUUAUUUUUCAUUUUUCUUCUGCGGAUUUUCAAACCUAUCCUUGAACCUCUGUUAGCUUUGAGGCAAAGCUGUGGAGACGUGCGGGGACGAUACUCCUUCACGACAUAGCACCCAAGGAUUCUCUAGUCAUUUUACCCUGACGCCACCUGCCAGAUUCCUUUUCUAAAGACAACCUUCAGAGUAAAUUGUGUAAAAGAUACGGGGGAAAGCAUUUGGAAGCACCAUACAAACGGAUGACAAAGAGCCAGGUGUGUAGCUUGCGUGGGUGUGUGUGAUGUGGAGAGCGGUACUGAGGCUGGGUGGACCCCACUAGACGACCAAACGCCUCCCUCGCCCCUCAACAUGGACUAGAGCCCCCCGCCUCUGGAGAUCAAAGGUGGCUGUGACGAGGGGCAUCCCCGGGAGAGGACCCAUGAGGAGGCAUAGAAGAUGCUCGCAGCAGCCUGGGCACCUCUGCUCUUCUUAGCAAUGUGGGUGAGAAGCUCCAACUGUGGCCCGCUCUCCUUCAGACUAGCUGCUAUCCUGGACGACCCAAUGGAGUGCAGCCGUGGGGAGCGGCUGGCGAUCACUCUGGCCAAGGAACAGAUCAACAGAUCCAGCAACCGGUCCAUCACGGGCAAGCUGGAGGUGGACAUCUUUGAGCUGCUCAGAGACAGCGAGUACGAGACAGGGGAGACCAUGUGCCAGAUCCUCUCCAAAGGAGUGGUGGCAGUUCUGGGCCCCUCUGCCAGCCCAGCUUCCAACUCCAUCAUCAGCAAUAUCUGUGGAGAAAAAGAGGUGCCGUAUGUGAAAGUGGCCCCAGAGGACAUCCUGAAGGUGCAGUUCCCCCGCUUCACCACGCUGGACCUGCGGCCGACCAACACAGACAUCAGCAUGGCCGUGGCCGGCCUCCUCACCUUCUUCAACAGCACCACCGCCUGCCUCAUCUGCGCUCAGGCCGACUGCCUGUUAAACCUGGAGAGGCUACUACGGCAGUUUCUCAUCUCCAAGGAGACGCUGUCGGUGCGCAUGCUGGACGACAGCCAGGACCCCACGCCGCUGCUGAAGGAGAUCCGCGACGACAAGACCGCCACCAUCAUCGUGGACGCCAACGCCACCAUGUCACACAUCAUCCUGGAGAGGGCGUCGGAGCUAGGAAUGCUGUCUGUGUAUUACACCUACAUCUUCACAUCACUGGAGUUCUCCAUGCUUCGGCUGGACGACGUGGUGGACCAGCGUGUCAACAUCCUGGGCUUCUCCGUGUUCAACCACACACACCCAUUCUUCCAGGACUUCCUGCUCAGCCUCAACCGCUCCUGGCAGGAGAACUGCGACCACGCGCCUUUCGCCGGCACCCCGCUCUCCUCAGCGCUGCUGUUUGAUGCGGUGCAUGCGGUGGUGGCGGCGGUGCAGGAGUUGAACCGGAGCCAGAAUGUCGGAGCGACGCAGCUCUCCUGCAAGUCCUCCAAGAUCUGGGAGCACGGCACCAGCCUCAUGAACUACUUGAGGAUGGUAGAACUGGAAGGUCUAACAGGCCACAUCGAGUUCAACAGUAAAGGCCAGCGCUCGAACUACGCCCUGAGAAUCAUGCAGAACUGCAAAGAUGGCCUAAGGCAGAUCGGACAGUGGCAUUCGGAGCAGGGGUUGUCUAUGGAGAGAAAGCUCCCCGCGCUCAAUGUGACAGACACACUCUUCAACACCACGCUUUAUAUCACUACCAUCCUUGAGAAUCCGUAUGUGAUGCUGCGUCCGAACCACCAUGAGCUGGAGGGGAACGACCGCUACGAGGGCUUCUGCGUGGACAUGCUCCGGGAGCUGGCGGAAAUCCUCAAGUUCAAGUACCGCAUCCGGCUGGUGGGUGAUGGCGUCUACGGGGUGUCGGGCGCUAACGGCACCUGGACGGGGAUGGUGGGCGAGCUCAUGACCAGGAAAGCGGACUUGGCUGUUGCUGGACUCACCAUCACUGCUGAGAGGGAGAAGGUCAUUGAUUUCUCCAAGCCCUUCAUGACCUUGGGGAUCAGCAUUAUGUACCGUGUGCACAUAGGACGGAGACCUGGCUAUUUCUCCUUCCUGGACCCUUUCUCCCCUGGGGUUUGGCUGUUCAUGCUGUUGGCCUACCUAGCCGUCAGCUGCAUUCUCUUCCUGGUGGCCAGACUAACUCCGUAUGAGUGGUACAAUCCCCACCCCUGCCUGAAGGGGCGCUGCAGUCUGCUGAUUAACCAGUACUCCCUGGGCAACAGCUUCUGGUUUCCAGUGGGGGGGUUCAUGCAGCAGGGCUCCACCAUCGCCCCCCGAGCCCUCUCCACCCGAUGCGUCAGUGGCGUAUGGUGGGCCUUCACCCUCAUUAUCAUUUCCUCGUACACGGCCAACCUGGCGGCCUUCCUGACCGUGCAGAGGAUGGAGGUGCCCAUCGAGUCGGUGGACGACCUGGCAGACCAGACCGCCAUCGAGUAUGGCACCAUGCACGGAGGCUCCACCAUGACCUUCUUCAGGAACUCACGGUACCAGACGUACCAGCGGAUGUGGAACUUCAUGCACUCCAAGCAGCCCAGUGUGUUUGUGAAGAGCACGGAGGAGGGCAUCGCCCGCGUGCUGAACUCCAACUACGCCUACCUGCUGGAGAGCACCAUGAACGAGUACUAUCGCCAGCGAAACUGCAACCUCACGCAGAUCGGAGGCCUGCUGGACACCAAGGGCUACGGCAUCGGCAUGCCGAUUGGGUCGGUGUACCGGGAUGAGUUUGACCUGGCCAUCCUGAAACUCCAGGAGGAGAACCGUCUAGAGAUCCUGAAGAGGAGGUGGUGGGAGGGAGGCAAGUGUCCUAAGGAGGAGGACCAUCGGGCCAAAGGUCUGGGCAUGGAGAACAUCGGUGGCAUCUUCGUGGUGCUGGUAUGCGGCCUGCUGGUGGCCAUCUUCAUGGCGGUGCUGGAGUUUGUGUGGUUCCUCCGGCACACGCCGGGCACUGAGCUGUCUAUGUGUGAGGAGAUGCUGCGGGAGCUCCAGGGCAUCGUCAUGUGCCGAGACAGCCUACAGCAGCUCCGUCGUCGCCGUGGCUCCAGCAUGCUGAGGCCGCGACCUUUGCCCCUGGACGAGCGGCGGGCACGGGCGGCAGCCGCCAGCCUGAGCAACGGCAAGCUGUGCGCGGGCACAGGGCUGCCGGAGCCCCUCUCACACAGACUGGCGCAGGAGGCCGCCCUGGUGGCCAGGGGGUGCAGCCACAUCCGUAUCUGCCCAGAGUGCAGGAGGUUCCAGGGGCUCCGCGUCAGACCCCCCCCUGGCCCAGGCGUGUCCCCCACACACAGCGAGGAGAGCUUAGAGUGGGAGAAGACCACCAACAGCAGUGAACCUGAAUAACAACACACACUGUCACACACAGAUACAUGUUCACUCAAACACACACACACAGUCACUCACUCACUCACUAACACACAAACGCACACAAACAUGUUUAUAAGCUCUGCCCCAACUGGAAACUGAACUCAACAUGGAGCCGUGGAGUGGAGCGUUAUUUUGUUGUUGUUAUCGUUGCUACAGUGCUGGCUGUUUGAAGCUGGAGGGACUGGACCUCCUGGCGGCUCCGCCGUUAUCUGAGCGCAGCGCAGCGCAGCGCUGUCGGACCCCAGGAGUGCAGGCGUCCUUUGGAUUUAUUCGUUUUGCUACGGCACUCCUGCGUGGGCUAUCUGAAUGAGAGCGCAGCACGGAGCCUGCGGGUGGGAUGUGUGAGCGGAGAGAGGAGGGGAGGCCCCCCCCGGACACGUUCCCCCCCAGACACGCUCCCCCCCCGGACACGCUCCCCCUCUGCCACAGACUCAGAGACCGGCGCACUCUGGAAGGCAUUGUACUAUGCAGUAAAUUUGUUUUUGAUUGUGUCAUUGAUUUAUUUUUAAAUUAUUUUUCCUCUUUUUGUGAUUACAACCUGACUAUUGUUCUUAUUAUAUCCCCACUUUGAUUGAGAGAUUUAUAUUGGAGUUUUGUCUUUUUGUUUUAUUUUGGGUUUUUUUUGGUCGUGCAGGACUGAGGUCUGAGUCUCUGCUCGAGACAUUGUGUUCAGUUCGCCAUGCUGCACACACUAAGCUGUAAAGACUUCUAGUCCAGUGCCAUCUUCAGAAAUGCUCAUCUAUUUUUUAAAGAAGGCUGAGAUUUUAUGGACUUGCCAAGAGAACGACAAAGAAAACACAAAGACAAAGACACACAGACUUGUUUUUUUUUAAAUGACAAUUGUGAUAUUCUUCAUGAAAAUGUUUUAGAGAUAUUCUGAAGGUUGUUGAUGCAUGUCAGAAGGUCUAAGAUGGUGUUGAACGGAUUAUUUGCAAAAAUGGUUUUAAAACGUUUUGCCAUUUUUCUAAGUUUUGCCCUGCAACAUUCUAGUCCGGUCGCGAUGAAAGAACAACACUGCCGUUGUUCCUCUUUCUCAGACGUGCCAAAUUCCUCUCGUUCCUCUCACCGGGCCUUGCCGUAGAUUCACCCCUGUAGAAGCCAGACACACGUGUCUUUGCACAAAGCGGCACAGUAGCUCCCAUGUCAUGAAUAACGCUCCCUAUUUCAGUAUCGCUCAUGGCCAUUACCCCAGCUCUGUACACUCAACUCUUUUAAGCCUGCAGUCGCCAGACCAGCAGUUCUUCAUCCUCCACCUUCCUCUUCUAAGGGAGUCUCAUAGAUGAAGGUAAUCGGUGAGUGGCACGGGAUGACUGCCCAAGGCUAUCUGGGAACAAGGAAGAAACACUGGAUGAUUCAUCCUAGGUCGACCCCUCUGCUCACCGGAGAGGAUGAUCUGCUGUGGUGUUGAAUGGCGAGGCUGAAGUCCUUAAGCUGAGGAGAUGAGAUCUGCUCUGGUGUUGAAUGGCGAGGCUAAAGUCCUUAAGCUAAGCUGAGAUGAGAUGUUUACGUUCAUUGAGGUGUAGGGCUGAUACAGGUAAGAGGCUCUUAAGCUGAGAUGAGAUGUUUACGUUCAUUGAGGUGUAGGGCUGAUAAGUGAGAGGUAAGAUAGGUAAGAGGCUCUUAAGUUCACUCCCAGUUUAGAGCCCUUAGUCUGUACAUGUAAUACAUCUUUUCAUAGGCAACACACACAAGUACAGAAAGGGAAGGGUGUUUCUUGAGAGAGAUUAGUGAACCACUUUUAGGGUUUUUCUUUUUCCCUCUAGAACUUUUCUUCUGUGUGUGUGUGUGUGUGUGUGUGUGUGUGUGUGUGUGUGUGUGUGUGUCCUCUUUACAUAUAUUUUCCCCCAUCUGUGUUCAAAGCCAAGUUUCUGUUGAGAGGCACCAUCUAUCAGCCCCAGUUCCAUCUCUGCUGGGUGUGCGCGCUCUCUAGGUCCCCGCCCAGGCCUUGUGGAGGUUAUUUAUUUUCUUAACGCCUUACAGUAUUCCUCCCACUGACACCCGCAUUACACAGGUGUUCGGCCCGCGUUACACAGGUUUUCGGCCCGCGUUACACAGGUGUUGGGCCCUUGUUACACAGGUGUUGGCCCCGCGUUACACAGGUGUUGGGCCCGCGGUGGAGACAAGGGAAGAUGCAUGGACAGGUAGCUCAUCCACCAAAACAAUCCUACCUGGAGACACAAUGUCAUCUUUUCCUCUCACUUUCCUCAGUUGUCAGACAUAGUCAGCUCAAAUUGAAAAUAUUUGUCUUUCUCUUCAAGUGUUAAUUUUUCAAAGAUUCUGUGUGAUUUCUUUUAUUUCUGGACCCAGAGGACUUCAGUAUUCUAUUUCCAAAUGAUGUGAGUUACAGUAAAUAAAUGAUAGUGUGCUUUGUUC